UCUAAUCCACAUUGGACUCGGAUUCUUGAAAUCUUUGGAUAAUUCUUCAUGACGCAGAUAUAUAAGACUGCCCCGACACCGGCCCAAGGGAGAUCAUACAGUAGCGUUGCUUUUGCUUUGAAGAAAGCCUGUUCUUUUCGUCCUGAAAAUUGUUCGAAUAUCCCAUCACCCAUAUAGCAUAACUUGUACCCAGUUUUUGCUCCUCUGUCAUUCGCAAUUUCCAUAUCGAUGGAGGCUCAAAUUCUAGAGAUCCCAUUCCCAUUAUUGGCAGUAUUCUUCUUAAUGUUUCUAUUUAUGUAUCUGUUUGGUUACUUGGUCGUGUUCCGGAGCUGGGGGCCCAAGCACAGGCUAGAAGCCGCGAGCAGCUUCAUGUCACUCGCCCAUGGCACUCCCGCUGCUGCCAUGGCCAUUCUCGCAGUUCUCCACGCCCCCAACGCCGGGGAUUUUGCCGCUCUGAAUACCAACUUCCAGGGCCUUGUUCUCGAAUACAGUAUAGCUUAUUUCCUGGUGGAUCUUCUUCACUAUGUACUGUUUUAUCCACGUGACUUGGUUUUCAUCUGCCAUCAUUUGGCCGUUAUUUAUGUGUUCGUGACCUGCCAUUACUUGGUGCAUCAUGGGGCCGUGCCAAUUCUGGUGCUUCUGGUGCUGGCUGAGCUCACCAGUGGGUGUCACAACGCUUGGGGCCUCGCGGGUUACAGGAGAGCUGAUGCACCCGCCGCCGCUAAGUUUCAGGACGCUCUGUCCCCAUAUUUCUAUACCUAUUACAGCACUCUCAGAGGGGGCCUGGCGCCUGUUUUUCUGCACAAGAUGGGAAUAUUUUAUGUUAGUGGUGCGGCUGAGAAUGUGAUUCCCAAGUGGGCAUGGAUUUCGUGGAUGGGUGUAAUUGCAACUGCUAUAUUGGUUAGUAUAUUGUGGAUUGGAAACCACUGGGCUCUCUGGUUUCGCCAGAGAAGACAUGGCAAAGUAGUGUGAAUACAUUUUAGCUUU